AUGGCGAAUCUCAAACUCGAAACGCUGCCCGAUCCGGGCAACCGAUACAAGCUCGGUGAGAUAAUCGGCAAGGGUAUUUGUGCGAAGGUGUACCGUGCCACCGACACCCAGGCUGGUAACAAGAAUGUCGCGAUCAAGGUGCAAAAGUUCGAAGGCGAAACGAAGACGGCCAUCCAGGAGGAGUUUCGGAUCUUGCGGGAUCACUCGAAACAUGCGAAUCUGAUCGACUUCUACGGCGUGUAUCGGAAAAAGUGCCCGGCUGGUGAGAGCGACGAGAUUUGGUUCGUGCUGGAGUACUGCGACUUCGGUCCUGCGGUCGACGUUGUUCGGAAACUGUUUGUGAGCAAUCGCCGCGCAAGUGAGAUGCAGUUGGCUUACAUCCUACGUGAAGUAUCGCGAGCGUUGGUGUACCUUCACGAGCACCAUAUCGUUCAUCGGGACGUCCGUGGUAACAACAUCCUGUUGACGAAGGAAGGAGAGGUGAAACUUUGUGACUACGGGUUGGCUCGCGAUACGAAGUCUACGCUUGGAAAGCGAGGCACUUGCAUCGGAUCACCCUGUUGGAUGGCUCCGGAGGUUGUGACUAGCUCCAAGAGCGAUAAGGACGUGUACGACAAUCGAUCGGACGUGUGGGCGCUAGGUGUGACGGCGAUUGAGCUGGGCGAUGGAAAGCCUCCAUUUGCGGACAUUCACGCCACCCGUGCAAUGUUUCAAAUCGUGCGCAAUCCUCCACCGACGCUUUACCGGCAGUCGAACUGGUCUCAGGAGUACAACGACUUUAUUUCCGAGUGUCUGGAGAAAAAUCCAGACCAUCGGCCGUUUAUUAUGGAAAUUAUUGAGCAUCCGUUCCUGACGCAGGUUCCCGAGAAUGACUAUCAUUUGAGCCAAGAGCUGAAAAUGCUGGCCGAAUCGGUGCACGACAUUCAGCUGCCAAAGAAAGAGGAGGUAUCCGUAGUGCGCGGCAUGUUGAAAUCAGCGGGAAACAAGUCGGAAAAGAUGCACGUCGAGGAUCUGGCGACGCUAGAGCAACUGUCGGAGGAGACAAUUUUGGAGGAAAUAGCGCAGCGAUAUAAAAACGGGUCCAUGUACAGCUUCGUUGGAGAUGUGCUGCUUUCGGUCAAUCCCAACGAAAGCAUCCCAGAGUAUGUCCGUGGGUUCCAUUCCAAGUACAUGUUCAAAUCUCGCUCGGAUAAUGCGCCACACAUCUUCGCGAUCGCCGACAGCGCCUACCAGGACAUGCUGCACCACGAGGAACCGCAGCACAUCAUUCUGGCUGGUGAGAGCUACUCGGGUAAAACUACGAAUUUGAAGCUGCUGAUGAAGCAUCUCGGCGUGCUCGGAGAAGGCAACCCGGGUGUGUACGAGCGAAUCGUCAACGGAUACAAAGCGCUGAGUUCUCUCGUUAAUGCUGGCACCCCGUUGAAUCCGAAUUCUACCCGUGCUAUCGUCCAGCCGCAACUCACCUACGGAUCUAGCGGCAAACUCUCUGGUGCCAUCUUCUGGGUGUAUCUGUUGGAAAAGCUUCGUAUUUCUUCCACAAACAUGAAUCAAUCGAAUUUCCACAUUUUCUACUACUUCUACGAUACGAUGGAUGCCGAGGAACGUCUACUAGACUUCUCUCUGGAUAGUGGCCGAAACUACCGCUAUCUUCGCAUUUCCGAGGAGAUGAGCUCGGACAAGCUGAAAUACUGCCGGGACGAUAUCCAGGGCAACGUCAAGGCGUUCAAGGAAUUUGAAGAGCAACUAUUGGCGCUUGAGAUUUCCCAGGACAUUCUCGACACCAUCUACCGGACGUUGGCUGCCAUUCUGAUCCUUGGAGAGGUACGCUUCAAGGAAUCAGAUGGCAUGACGGAGCUGGAAAACCUGGAGGUGAUCAGCAAAAUCGCCACCUUGCUGCAGCUGGACGAGAAGAAGUUCCAGUGGGCGCUUCUAAACUACUGCGUCAUAGUACGUGGCUCGGCGGAGCGUCGUCGACAUUCGGCGGACGAAGCACGUGACGCACGUGACGUACUGGCCGCAACCAUCUACUCUCGACUGGUUGACUGGAUCACGAACACGAUCAAUCAUAAGCUCUCGUUUAGUAGAGCGAUCUAUGGAGACAAGCAUUCGGUAACCAUUACGGAUCACUUCGGAUUUGAAUGUUUCCAUCGUAACCACAUCGAUCAGUUGGUCGUGAAUUCUUUGAACGAACAGAUGCAGUAUUUGUACAACCAACGAAUCUUCGUAUUUGAGAUGAUUGAAAUGGAAGAAGAGCAGGUGCCGGUAACAUCACUACACUACUACGACAACAAGAUGGCCGUGGACCACAUCCUGACCAAGCCGAAAGGCGUGUUUAGCUUUAUCGAUGACGCAAGCCGUGGCCGUCAUGGGCAAAACUACAUCAUCGAGUCCAUCCACACGAACAAGAGUCCCUUCAUCAAGCGCUCCAGUGGUCACGAGUUCACGGUAGCUCACUACACCGGUCGCAUCACGUACGAUGCACGUGGAAUGCCCGACAAGAACCGCGAUUUCAUCCCUCCAGAAAUGGUGGAAACACUGCGCGCUUCCGGUGAGUCGAUCAUCAAAAUCAUGUUCUCGAACCAGCUGUCUCGCACCGGGAACCUGACGAUGGCUGCAGAGGAGGCACUCGGCAUUCAGUCGGACAAACCUACCAAGAAGAAACGUUGGGGUGCCGCCCUAGUCGCCGAGAAGAACAAGGCGAAGAAGAUGAAUACCCUUUCGAAGGGAAUGUACUCGCAAGUGCACAAGAUGCGCACGAUCGCGGGCGUCUUCCGAGCGACCAGCCUGGACCUGUUCAAAACUCUUUCAAUCGGUCCGAACAGUGGCGGAACACAUUUUGUGCGGUGCAUCCGCUCGGAUUUAGACUACAAACCGAAGGGCUUUGCACCGGAAAUGGUGCGCCAGCAGCUACGUGCUAUGGCCAUCCUUGAUACGGCUCGCGCGAGGCAGAAGGGCUUUUCGCACCGAAUUCCUUUCCAGGAGUUUCUCCGACGGUACCAGUUUUUGGCGUUCGAUUUCGACGAAAACGUUGAGAUGACGCGGGACAACUGCCGGUUGUUGCUGAUCCGGUUGAAGCUCGAAGGGUGGGUUAUCGGAAAGACCAAGGUGUUCUUGAAGUACUACAACGUGGAGUACCUGCAGCGGUUGUACGAAACACAGGUCAAGAAGAUCGUUAAGAUUCAAGCGAUGAUGCGCGCCUUCCUAGCAAAGCGAACCGUCGAGACGAAACUGAAACAGAUCCAUCGGGAAUCGGUUCGCAAGCGACAGUUGGUUAACCAGGACAGCCAGGACGAAGCAGCACUCAAAAUCCAAACCGCAUUCCGAGGACAUUUGGCCCGAAAGAAGUACCGUCCGUUGAUUAACGAGCGCACCGGUAAACUGGAUGCGGAAACGGCCGAGUUUAUGAAGCCAUUUGUUUACCGCUGGAGAAAGAAAUCGAUGUACCAAGUGCUGUUACAAUACCGGGCGGCACGUUACCAGGAUCUGGUGAACAUGUCGCAGCAGGUGCACAUUUACAACCAGCGUCUGGUUGCCGGAUUUGCCACGAACAGCAACUGUAUUAUGUUGGAUAAAAUAGACCCCAACCAGCGUAAUCCUUCGCUGUUGGGACCGCAGCGUCCUUCGGUGUGGAAGUUGCGCUUCCGAUUCGAUGAUAUUCCGUUCUUCGAUACAACUUACAUGUGCGAUCCGUCGGCGGCUUCUUAUGUUUACACAGGAAACGACUCUGACAACGAGGACUGGGAUGCACCCUUGCGGCGGAGAAAAAAUCUAUCCUCUGAAAUCACUCAAUCCGCCCGAAAGGGCAUCCAAACGGAAAACACCGGCGAUGUUGGUGAUCAUUCGCUCGCCAACGAGCCAUUUCAUCGCGAUCCAAGCCUUCCGAUCAAGCGGCUAUCUCCGCAAACAGGCUAUCGUAUGGUCGAACCAUACGUCAUUAAUCGACCCCGUUCGCCCAUUCAUUCGCCUGUUCAAAUGACAGCAAAUGUCUACUCACCGAUGCCAUACGUUAAGCAGAGUGUGGACGACAUUCGCAACAAAUUCGGAGGGACCAGCUUCGAUGAGCAAGGAGGUGCGUCAGGAAAAACGGCCAUCUACAAGAAGCGACAGGCACCACGUGUGCCUAUUGUGGAACCAGAACCACCCGUGGCACCUGACUUUUCACAAAAACCACUCAAAAAACGGCCAGCUCCACAACCGCAGGUGCGACCCAUCACCCCGACCAAGAUAAAUCCCAUCAAGGAGCUGGAGCUUAUCGGCAAAAAGAACACCGACGAGAACGACAACUCGGACGACGAGCCGCCGUUCAAUUUCCAGGGCAUGCUGCGAAAAACGAACUACAACCGCGCAUCGAUGAAGCGAAACUCGGAGGGGCUUUCGAUGGCCGGUACCAGCAUCGACUUCGAUGAUGCCAACAACAACAACAACAACAACAGCAACAGCUACUAUCCCACUGCCAACGCGGAUGCCAACCGUCGGGACUCGUCAGUUAACGUCGUUUAUCAGAGCAAACCGACGGAGCGACCCAAAUCCUGCCAAGGACCAGAGAAUGGCACCAGCAACAGUAGUUCGCCGAGCCAGCGGAAACUGUCCUUGUCGCAGGACACGAUCAUGUUGAACGAGGCGCAACCAGGCCCGUCUCGUAGCCGCUCGGUUACGCCGCAGGACGAGAACCAAAACAGCUUGACCGGGGGUUUCAUAAGCGAAGAGAUCGUCCCAGGCAUCAUCAUAGAGGGCUACGUAGAGGAGUUCUAGGGCCAUCGUAUAGGCACCGUAUAGCAGAAUGUGCACUGCUUAACAACCGCAACCGUUUAACCGCAAUUGUUCGUCUCGUUUUACUCGUUCCCGUUCACGUUUGGUCAAUAAAGCUCUAACU